AUGGUCCUGUUCGCCGGCUUCGGCUCCAUCGUUCCACCGGCGGUCGAAGCCGGCUGUCGGCGGUUGGAGCGAAAAGCGUGCGAAGCGAUUUGUGUCCGAUCGACGUCACCUUCGUCGGCCGGCGACGAUUGGAACUGCGAGCUGCGAGUGGUCCUGAUCAUGCCGGCCAACACAAGCUUCGAAGUUUCGUUGCCCCGGGUUCAGCCGGUGUUGGCGAAGGCCGAAGCGGACAUCCGCCAGCGGGCCAUCAUACCGCGCAACGUUUCCAUCCGCUGGAUUCCGUUCGACGAUCGGUGCGAACAGGCCCGGGCCACGGUGAUGGCGAUGGACGGGACGGGGAGCGAGGUGUGCGGUCACCUUAUCCUGGGCCCGACCUGUGAUUUUGCACUCGCGCCCGUGGCCCGAAUCGCCCGCUACAUCUACAACGAUGGCAUCCCGGUGUUGACCGGUGCCGGGUACACCUUCGAUUUCGAGGAACCGAAAACGAGCUGCGAGCACGAGUUCCACAUGCUCAUCCGCACCGGGCUGGUCAGCUUCAAACGGAUGGCGUACUUUAUGAUCGAUCUCAUCCGCCACUUCAAGUGGAAGCGCGUCGUGUACUUUUACGACCGGCAGAGCUACUACAACGUGGCCGGCCCACAAACGGGCCACCUGCUGAUGAACACGAUGGCGGAGUUUUUCCGCCACGAAAACAUCACCUACUCACCGUUCGCGACCGACUCGGCCCGCACCAACCUCACCGAGAGCCUGAAGGAAAAGGUCGGCGUUAACUAUGCAAACUCCCAGACCACCAGCCUGCUGAAGGUGAGUCAGACCAACCUGGCGGCGGCGAUGCGCCUUUUUUGUCGCGCCAACUACAAAAAGGGUCCCAAAAAGACGAUUCACAAGGACGACCUCUUAGAAACCCCGGACGGUGGCUAA